GAAAUCUAUCAAGCGUAGAGGCCAUGCUGCACGGUGCAUCCUGAGGACCGCCCCUGGGAGAGCUGGGCACCUGAACCAUGUUGGUAGGUUCCACUGUUCGGCUGAAUCAGGAGUGCGAGCUCUUAAAAUGUGGCAGUGAUAGGUGGUGAUUGUGGUGAGCAUUUACGGUAUUAGUCAAAGGGCACUUCUCAUUAAUUGUCCUUGGGAGUAUUUCUGUUACAUUCCCAUGUGGAUUUAUCUUUCCAUCAUAACUUACUGGGGAGUUUCAGUGCUGGUUUGAUCUCAAGGAUGCAUUACACAACACGCUGUAGGCUUUCGUAUCAGUGUCUCUGCCCGUGCAUGCUUGUCUGGUGGCUGAUUUUUCAGAGGAGUUGGUGACGUCAGCCAGACAUCUGAGGUGAAGAUAAAGCCCUUGAUCUGCCCAUAGCACCCGCAGUUCUGGUUAGCUGAAGUGCUCUAGCAACUUGCACUCAAAACAUAGUAGGUUUAAAACCGCGGUGAGUAUGCGCACAAAUAUUCCAGCACAUCUCAGAAACCACUAUGAAUGGCAACAGAGGUGAACGAAACACAACAGCUAAAAGGGCCUGUGAAACGUGAGCACAUGGUAAGGCUGUAGCCAGCAUCUGAGAUCACAGCCAAUAUAGAGCUGGAAGGACGCAGAGGCCGCGCCAAGCCUCUGGUGGGGGUGGGAGGCUGUGUGGGACCAGUUUGUCUCCCUGCACACACAGGGCCUCAGUGCCGCCAUGGGACACAUUGAGAUGGGUGUCAGAAGGACCAGGUCGGAGGCAGCCAGGGACCUGCUGCCACAUCACGUCCUGGAUGGAUUUCAAACCUUGCAGAAGGACUUUCUUGCUAUCUCAUGUGGCCGGGGAGUGCUGGCUGUGGGAGGCUGAGCUCUGGCCUUGCUCUUUUUCCAGGAGGAUGAUUCCCGUGACCGAGUUUCGGCAGUUCUCAGAGCAGCAGCCGGCGUUCAGGGUGCUGAAGCCCUGGUGGGAUGUGUUCACAGACUAUCUCUCUGUGGCCAUGCUGAUGAUCGGCGUGUUUGGGUGCACACUGCAGGUCAUGCAAGACAAGAUAAUAUGCCUUCCAAAGCGAGUCCAGCCUUGCCAGAACCAAUCUAAUACUUCAGUCGUAAUUAGCACAAUCCCAGAUACAACCCCUCUUCCUCCACCCAAGCCAUCAACUCCUCCAGCUACAGUUGAAAUGAAAGGACUGAAGACUGAUUUGGACCUUCAGCAGUACAGCUUUAUUAAUCAGGUGUGCUACGAACGUGCCCUGCACUGGUAUGCCAAGUACUUCCCUUACCUUGUCCUUAUACACACGCUGGUCUUCAUGCUGUGUAGCAACUUUUGGUUCAAAUUCCCUGGAUCGAGCUCCAAAAUUGAACACUUCAUUUCAAUACUUGGGAAAUGUUUUGAUUCUCCGUGGACAACAAGGGCCUUAUCUGAAGUGUCAGGAGAAGACUCUGAAGAGAAAGAUAACAGGAAGAACAACAUAAACAAAUCUAAUACUACCCAACCAAGCACUGAAGGCACUUUGGUCAAGACACAGUCUUUAAAAUCAAUCCCUGAGAAGCUGGUUGUGGAUAAGGGAACACAUGGGGCACUAGACAAGAAAGAAGGUGAACAGGCCAAAGCACUGUUCGAAAAGGUGAAGAAAUUUAGACUGCAUGUUGAGGAGGGGGACAUACUCUAUGUCAUGUAUGUUCGCCAGACUGUACUGAAGGUAAUUAAAUUCCUUAUUAUCAUUGCUUACAACACAGCACUUGUCUCAGAAGUUAAUUUUACAGUCGUCUGUAAUGUUGAUAUAGAAGACAUGACAGGAUACAAGAAUUUUUGCUGUAAUCACACAAUGGCACAUCUAUUCUCUAAACUGUCAUACUGCUACCUGUGCUUUGUAAGCAUCUAUGGCCUCACAUGCCUUUAUACUCUAUACUGGCUGUUCUAUCGCUCACUGAAAGAGUAUUCCUUUGAAUAUGUCCGGCAGGAGACAGGAAUUGAUGAUAUCCCAGAUGUCAAGAAUGACUUUGCUUUUAUGCUUCAUAUGAUAGAUCAGUAUGAUCCUCUCUAUUCGAAGAGGUUUGCUGUCUUUCUGUCUGAAGUCAGUGAAAAUAAGCUGAAACAGCUGAACUUAAACAAUGAGUGGACUGCAGAUAAACUAAGACAGAGGCUACAAAUGAACUCCCAUAGCCAUUUGGAGCUACAGCUUUUCAUGCUCUCUGGGCUACCUGACACAGUGUUUGAAAUUACUGAGCUGCAGUCUUUAAAACUUGAAAUCAUUAAUAACGUAAUGAUACCAGCAACCAUUGCACAGUUGGACAAUCUCCAGGAGCUGUCACUGCACCAGUGUUCUGUUAAGAUCCACAGCGCUGCCUUGGCCUUUCUGAAGGAGAAUCUCAAGAUCCUGAGUGUGAAAUUUGACGACAUCAGAGAACUUCCGCACUGGAUGUAUGGCCUCAGAAAUCUGGAAGAACUCUACUUAAUUGGCUCCUUAAGUCAUGAUAUUUCCAAAAACAUUACAUUGGAAUCUUUUCGGGAACUUAAAAGCCUUAAAGUUCUUUACAUAAAAAGUAAUUUGUCAAAAAUCCCACAAUCUGCAGUCGAUGUUUCAAGUCACCUGCAAAAGUUGUGCAUCCAUAACGACGGCACUAAGCUAGUGAUGCUCAACAACCUGAAGAAGAUGGUCAACUUGACACAGCUGGAACUGGUUCACUGUGAUUUAGAGCGCAUACCUCACGCAGUCUUUAGCCUUCUCAGUCUUCAGGAGUUGGAUUUAAAGGAAAACAACCUCAAAUCCAUUGAAGAAAUAGUAAGUUUUCAACAUCUGAGAAAACUGACAAUCCUAAAGCUGUGGUACAACAGUAUAACAUACAUCCCAGAGCACAUAAAGAAACUCACUAGUCUCGAACGGCUUUCCUUCAGCCAUAACAAAAUAGAGGUUCUUCCAUCCCACCUGUUCCUAUGCAACAAAAUCAGAUAUUUGGAUUUGUCUUACAAUGACAUUCGCUUUAUUCCCCCUGAAAUAGGAGUCCUGCAGAGUUUACAGUACUUUUCUAUUACUUGCAACAAAGUGGAGAGUGUGCCAGAUGAACUAUACUUUUGCAAAAAACUUAAGACUCUGAAAAUUGGGAAAAAUAAUUUGUCUGUCCUUUCACCUAAAAUUGGUAAUUUGGUAUUCCUCUCCCACUUGGAUAUUAAAGGCAAUCAUUUUGAAAUUCUCCCACCAGAACUUGGUGAAUGUAGGUCUCUGAAGCGGACUGGUUUCACUGUAGAGGACACUUUGUUUGAAACGUUGCCUUCUGAUGUCAGGGAACAAAUGAAAGCUGAAUAAAUAGCUUCCUCUUCCUCAGUUUUACAGAAAUAACGCUUCUACCAAAUACCCUGUAGAAAGUGCAUACUCUGAAUAUGCAUUCAGUUUGUUAUCUUUUUUUUUUUUUUUUGCCUUUUCAAAAAGUCCUUUCUGUACAAACAAAUUUGGAGUAAGGAGUACAUAUAUUUUUAAAAUAAAAUUUUCUUGUAUUUUUUCACUGUUUUAAGAUAUUUUAAAGUUUAUUUUGCCCUGACAGCAAGGGUGUUUGUAACUUAAUUUUUACUAGCAAAAGUAAGUGGUUUUAUCUGCUGUUGGUUGUUUUUUUUCUUUUUUUUCCCUCUUUGGUAAAUCCCAAUAGGGAAAUUGUAUUUAAACUGUAUGUUUUGAAUUGCAUAAUUUGUAACAGGUAAUUAUAUUGUCUUCCUGGUUACUGUUAAUCUCUUAGGAUGAGGUCUUCAACAGGUAGUACUGCAGGUGCUGAAUGCCUCAUUCCCUCUUUUUUUUUUUUGUGGGAGCUGAAGGUGUUCAACAUCUAACAAGGUCUGGGUUGACCUUUAAUUUAUGGCACUGUUUUCUCAGAUGGUCAAAGCAAGCAGAUACGGUUCUUUCCAUACAAGGGCUGGAGGUAUUUUCAUAAGUUGGAGGGAACAUGCAGAACUUCUCCAGGGCCUUUUGGAAAGCGUAGUCUAGGUCUGUUUGCCUGCUGUCCGAGCAGGAGGCACUGACUGCGAUUUCCGCUCCGGAGCCGGAGGAGUAAGGGCACAGGUCAGAGAGGAGUCCCUACCAAAAUGACUCAUGCUGAAGAUUUUAUGAACAGUGCAAAGGGAUUCAGCUGCCCGUUUCCUGCUGACGUGAAUGGAAGGGGUGCAAUGAACUCGCAGUGUUGAAAAAGUCAACCCAGGGAGAUAAAACACUAUUUUCAAAAAUGCUCUACCCAUCUUCCACUUAAUGUGCGGUCCUGCAAGGGAGAAAGUGUCCUCUGUGUCUCUCAGUCACUUCCCACAGGGAUGCUUGGCACCAUGCAGGACCGGGAUUCAGAAAAAGUGCAAUCAUCUUUAGCUUGUGAACCUUCUGGCAAGGAAAUAACAUUAUUUUUAGCAGUGAACAUGCUCCUUAUUUAAGCUUUGGUAUUGCCAAGCCCAACACAAGAACAUUUGCAGAUUUGCAAAAAUGGGAUUCAUUGAAUACAUUAACUUUUUCAAAGUCUCAGCCUCCAGAGGACAGUGAUGAAGGCUCUGUUUUCCUCUCCCAGAUAGUAAUUAAAUCAGAGGUCAUACAUUUGGAGGUCUGUCUGCUUUUUAAAAUAAUUUAAUAGACAAUAAUAUCUUUAGUGAUUAUGCUUCAAGUUGGGAACUUUGUCCUCUGAAACUGUUCUGUUUAUUUAUCCAGCUGCUUGCUUUCUUCUAGGCAAGCUUGGUAGACAUAGUCCAUGAACACUCACGUGCUGCUCGCAAGCUAAUUUAAGCUAAUAAAAAAUGACCAUAUGAUUGCAAAGUGCUUGGCUGGGAGGAGAUCUUUUCAUCCUAUCCAGCAAUGCACAUUGAGUCAGAUGCAGGCACUGGAUAAAUGCUUUGCAAGAAUAUCUAGGAGUAAGUACUUCUUUCUCUAGGAGCCAAUGCUGUUCAUAAGUUGCAAAUUGUUCAAAGUUCUGUAAAAUAACUGCUUGACUAUGGCUGGGUUGGUUGCUCUUAAAUGUUUUCUAGCUGCAAUCAAGUGUUUUGAACCACCAUCGUUCUGAGUUCUUGAGCUUAUUGUUGUUUUGAGUCAGACUUACACAGGUGGGGAGACAAAAUGAGUAUUUCCCCAUUCAUUCAGGGUGUGAUGCACAAUCCAAUAAGUAGGUUUGCCCCUAGACUCAGUGAGUAAUUUGUUGUACUUGAGCGUGUUCUGGAGAAGAUCUGUGUGAUUAAUCAAAGCUGGGUCAGGCUUUGAUUCAUGAAUCAAAAUGAUUUUUUUCCAAGUGGUUUGAUUUAGUUCUAUGAAAGAGCUAUAACUGAUGUAGCUGUUGCAAGAGCUACUCUUAGUCAUAUAUGGAAAGCACUUAUUGGAGCAGCUUGGCAGUAUAUAUAUAUUCUAAAUGUGUUUCACUUUGAUGUAAUGUGAGGGAGAGAAAUGUUUCGUUGCUCAUAUUAACCUAAUUAUGUAAACCAAAGUGCUGUUGUCCCUGAUGAAUGUAAACUGUUUAAAAUGUCCAAGUAAUCAGUGGAGCUGUAUAGUUGUCUUAUUUAGAUUUGGAAUACGGGAUUACAUUUGAAGUUUUGUUGUUUUUUUUUUUAUCUUUAUAUUCCUAGAUGUCGCAUUUUAAGCCUAUAAUUUAUUUUGUGUCUAAUGUUGUUCCAUGUGCAGCGCUCUGUCUUCUGAACGGAAAUUAUGCACACCUCAUAACUGAAGGCUGGAGAUUUGUUCUGUUCUCUGUUUUUAAAUACAUCAUAGAGGAUGUGGGGGUUUUCUUUGCCACUGAUUAUAUUUAUGCCAUUGCAGUUCCUCAUGUGGACGCAGUUACAUGAGUAUAAAGUGCCUUGUGCUGGUAUUUCCGUAAUCACUUUCUGCAUAGGAAUAAAUCUUACCAGCCUAAGCACUUUCAAGUUAAUAACUGUAUCUUCCCCAAUGGCUUGGUCUGCUGGAACAGCUUAUUCAAUGGAACAGCUCGCUGCCCCUGAGGAGGAAUUUCCUUGGUGUCCUUCCUCAUCCCCUGCUCCCAUUCCACAGCAUCUGACUGCUUCGCUCGUACCUUUAUGGUUCUGGUGCUUGCCUGUUUCCUCCACAGGACAAAUCAACAUACUGAGCCAGCAGAAAACAAAGCCAGUAAGAAAAAAAAAAAAAAAGAAAAGGACACAUUUGCUGCAGGCUCAGCUCUCUGAAGGAUCGAUGGCAAGGGCCCGGGGCUGCAGCCAGGGUCUGUGCCUGGAGCAGUUGGAUGGGUCGCUCUGGAGAUGCUAGGUCAGCUCAGCACUUGGAGAGCCGUGUGCUGUGUCUGUAACAGAGUCAGGUGGCAGCCUUUCGUGGGUAGACAGCCCUCAGGCUUGUGGUGAAUGAAAAAAAUAUCAGAUCACUGUUAAACUGAUUGAAACAAACUCAGGUAGCUGCACUGCUGACUUUUCUAUACUUACUAUCUAGUCUGUGGGGUGCAUUUUCCUAAACUGUGUUACAGUAUUUUAGAAGUGUGUCAGCACAGAGAAGAUUGUUUCCUAAUUCUGUAUGACCUCCUGGAAAACAUAUAAAAGUGCCAUAUUUACUCAGUGAUUCAUGUACUGCUCAUAUGUAUAUUCAUGUGCAAUUGUGUACUAGAAAACUUUUCUGUGAACUACAGUAUUUGGCUUGGAAUGGAUGGACUUUUUAUGGAUAAUCAGGCAUGGUUUGUAUGAGUUCAUAUAAUUAAUUACACUAAUCAGGUGCCUAAUGAUAACUAAUACAAUGGCCAGAAUAUAAGAGAGUCAUUUAACAUUAUUGCUUUAAAAUAAUGCAAGUCUUCCUUGGUAGCAGAAGCAGAGGCGACAGCAUGCCUCAAAAAAAAGAAGACAAUCUUAAUUGUGCAUUAAGCCUGAAAAACAAAACUACUUUGAGAUCAAAAUUGGACAGUGUGCACUUCCCCCUUUGUCACAGUUAGGAUGGAUAUCAUGCUGACCUUGUGCAUCUAGCCAAUUCAGCAGCUUCUGCAAAUGGUGAUUGUGAAGCGCCCGCUCCAAGUCUCAUAUUGCGGUUCUGGCACUUCCACUUCUUGGGUUGAGUGGUGACAGGUCCUGUAAGAAUGCCAAGGAAAAACUCUGAGAUUUGACCAAAUGGACAAACACCUUAAUUCUGUACCAAGAAUCUGAAUUUGUCAAUAGAUCUGCCUAGUGUUACAUUGCAAUAUAGUGCACCCAGGAAAAAGUGAAAUAAAACAUUCUUUUAUAAUAA